AUGACUGACAUAGACUUCAGUUAUAAAGACAAAGACAAAUAUUAUGAAAUGGACGACAGUGAGAAACCUUAUGCAGAUGGCCCAGGAAAAAAGAGAGAUUUCUCCGCCGUCAAUCGCAACCAUCACCACCGUUUCAAUCUCCGGCGACCCUAUCCCUAUCCUUUAUCCCUAUCACUUACUUACACGGAAGAAGAAGAAGCAAAGCGAAAUACUAUUUCAAAAAAAAUUUUGCUAAGCGGUUAG